UUUUCCAUUAAAGGAAACAAAACAAAGACGAAAGCCACGUUCUUUGUUCGUCAGCAGUCAACCUGUCAAAUGACAGAUUUUGCCGAUCUUCAUCUUCCUCUUCUUAAGUUCAUGAACCUCAUCUGCAACUGAAAUCCAUGGAAACCCAUCAUUUUCUUCUCAUUCUCUCUCUGGUUCCGUCGUUUCUCGCCGUACCCGGAUCCGCGUUCGGAUCCUCUGGCCCCAUCGCUGCGGCGUUCGGCGGCGGCGGCGUUCGCGAUGGUUUCUUCUGUGCCAUUGACGCAAGUGGCCGUCAAGAAGUCAUCUGCUGGGGCCAGAACUAUUCGUCUCCAUCUUCGUCUCCUUCCUCUGCUUCCGCGAGAAGCAUGAUUCCGUCCAUGGCGGCUCUCUCCGGCGGAGAUGGGUUCCUCUGCGGUGUUUUAUCGAACACUUCUCAGGCGUUCUGUUUCAGUUCCCUAGUGUCCCCUUCAGGUACGGAUCUUGUCCCUGUUGCUUACCGGACCAAUGCUUACUCCCAGAUCGCCGCGGGGAAGAGCCAUGUUUGUGCAGUUAGAGGAGCUUACUACUCGGAUCAUGAUUCGGGCAUUGUCGAUUGUUGGGAGAUUUCGAGAACUUCGAACAAUAGCUUGGUUGCGAAAGAUGGGUAUCCGUUUCAUGAUCAGAGUGUUAGCAAUCUCGUGUUCAACAAAGUUGUUUCCGGAGAUGGGUUUAGCUGUGGAGGGAUUAGAGAAGGAGGAACAAUCUGUUGGGGACCCAAUGCGUCUAAAUUAGGGUUUAACGCCACCUCCGAGAAUUUCGAGAUCUUAGCCGCGGGAAAAACUUCGCUAUGUGGAAUUCUGAAUUCGUCUCGUGAAGUACAAUGUUGGGAUGAGGAUGAAUCUUUCGCUGAUUUCCCGGUCGGGGUUAGAUUCGUAUCGUUAACAGCCGGAGCUCGACAUUUCUGUGGAAUCCGUGAGGAUAAUCACGAGGUCGAAUGCUGGGGAAGAAGUUCGAACUUUUCGUCUGUUCCUAAGGGUUCUGGAUUCAAGGCCAUUGCUUCAUCUGAUUUCACCAGUUGUGGCAUCAGGGAAGACGAUUUAGUUCUUGAUUGCUGGCUGGUUGAUGGGUCAUCGACCUUGGAUUAUGAUCCACCGUUGGAGCUAUGCAGCCCAGGGCUUUGCCGUGCUGGCCCUUGUAACGAAGGGGAGUUUGCUUUCAACGCAAGCAUCCUCAACGAGCCAGAUCUAACCAGUUUGUGUGUUAGGAAAGAUUUGGUGGUCUGUUCGCCUUGCGCGUCGGAUUGCUCUGAAGGGUUCUUCCUGUCUAGUCCCUGCAACGAGAACUCGGAUCGUGUCUGCACACCAUGCUCUCUCUGUCAGAACAGUUCUUGCUCUGCUGUCUGUAAGCUUCUUCACUCCUCGAUUGAGAAGCAUUGGCAUCAUAUGCAGAGGCUGAUGGUUCUCAUAGCUGGUUCUUGUGCCUCGGCUCUAUUGCUCAUCACAAUCGGUUGCUGCAUAGUUCCGCGGAUGAUCUCUAGCCCGAAAGAGGACAGGGCUGGGAAUCAGUUCAAAUCUUGCAUUGGAAAACCCGAGUUGGACGCAGAAGUUCCGGCCCAGAUCUCACCUUCUCCAUCAGUCACUCCAUGUCCAGGAGCUGCACAAGUUUUCAGACUCUCUGAGCUAAAAGACGCGACGAACGGGUUCAAGGAAUUCAACGAGCUCGGAAGAGGAAGCUACGGUUUUGUAUACAAAGCCGUGUUAGCGGACGGGAGGCAAGUAGCCGUGAAGAGAGCGAACGCAGCCACGAUCAUUCACACGAACACGAGAGAAUUCGAGAUGGAACUGGAGAUUCUCUGCAGUAUCAGACACUGCAAUAUCGUGAAUCUUCUCGGAUAUUCGACAGAGAUGGGGGAGAGACUUCUCGUAUACGAAUACAUGCCUCACGGUACGCUGCAUGAUCAUCUCCAUGGCGGUCUCUCCCCUCUGAAUUGGAGCCUUAGGUUUAAAAUCGCGAUGCAAGCCGCGAAGGGUCUGGAGUACCUUCACGAAGAAGUUAACCCGCCGAUCGUUCAUCGCGACGUGAAAUCGUCGAACAUUCUCUUGGACUCGGACUGGGUGGCGAGGGUCGCGGAUUUCGGGCUCGUGACAUCGAACGAGGAGAAGAAUCUCGACACGAAAACAGACAUUUACAGAUUCGGAGUGGUGUUGCUGGAGAUUCUGACAGGGAGAAAGUCAUACGACAGAGAUUAUGAUCCUCCAGAGAUCGUGGAAUGGGCAGUUCCGGUGAUCAGGGAAGGCAAAUCGGCGGCGAUCAUCGAUCGGUACGUGGCGGUUCCGAGGAACGUGGAACCGCUGCUGAAACUUGCUGACAUGGCGGAGCUGUCCUUACGGGAGGAUCCAAACCAACGUCCCACGAUGUCGGAGCUAGCGAACUGGUUGGAACACAUUGUAAGAGAUGAGUUCCUCUUAUGACAUUUGAUUUUUUUUUUUAAAAAAGAUUCAUUCUUCUUUGUGUGCGAGUAUUUAAUCAUUCUUUUGUGUUUUUA